AAGUCUUCCAGUUGCCAAGGUUAGACAUCCCUUCUCUCCAUGUUGCUUUUAAAGCAGACGACAGCGACUUCUACACCCUGCUGGACAUUUGGUUCCCCGAGAAGAAGUCUCUCCCCACAGCUUUCCUGGUGGACACCUCCGAAGAGGCCCUGCUCCUCCCGGAUUGGCUGAAGCUGCGCAUGAUUCGUUCGGAGGUGCCUCGCUUGGUGGAUGCAGCGUUGCAAGACCUCGAACCCCAACAACUGCUGCUGUUCGUCCAGUCCUUUGGCAUCCCGGUGUCCAGCAUGAGCAAACUUCUGCAGUAUCUGGACCAAGCUGUGUCUCACGACCCUCAGACACUGGAGCAGAACAUCAUGGACAAGAACUACAUGGCCCAUCUCGUGGAAGUGCAGCAUGAAAGAGGAGCCACCGGCGGGCAGACCUUCCACUCCCUCCUCACCGCCUCCCUUCCAUCUCACCAAGAGAGCGACGAUGCCCCACGCAUCAAAUCCAGCCUUGAGGUCCCCCAAGGGCAAGGAAGGAGCCGAGCCUUAGCCCAGUUCCCGAUCGUCGAUCCCGAAGCUGACCUGGCGGGUAUCCUUCUCCAGUUGUUCCCGCUGGCUCCGGACCCCCGCUGGCAGAACUCGAACCCGCGGCCCCUCGCCCUGGCUUUGCAGCAGAGCCUCGGCCAGGAGCUGGCUCCCCCGCGGCCGGGAGGAGGCGUCUCGCCCAAGACGACGGCGGCGCGGCUUCUCAAGGCCCUGGCGGCCCUCUUGAACUCGCCCCACGGAGGAGCCCUGGUGAUGGCCAUGCACCACAGCCACGUCGUGGCCUGCCCACUCCUGCGCCUGCUGUGGCAGCACCAGGUGAGGCUCCCUCUCGGCCGGGGGCCGGAAUAA